GAAUUAUGUACCGCAAGUCAUGUGCAUCGUCGGCAGCAUGCCUCAUCGCCUCAGCAGGGUACCAGUCCUUCUGUUCCCCAGGGAAACUGAACUCAGUGUGCAUCAGCUGCUGCAACACCCCGCUCUGCAAUGGUCCUCGGCCCAAGAAAAGGGGCAGUUCUGCCACGGUCCUGAGGCCGGAGCUCCCCACCACUGUCCUGCUCCUCAAACUAGCCCAUCUCUUGGUAUACUGCUGA